AGGGGGCAACAUGGCGGCUCCGUAUUAACUUCCCCCCCCCGCGGCAGCCCGUACUGCCGCCGCUCUCUCUCGCUCCCCCCCUCCCCCUCUCAAGCCCUGACAUGCCGGGCACGAUGGAGAAGGGAGCGGAGCUCUUAGGGGGCAAGAACCGGGCAGCCCCCAACGGCACCAAGAGCAGCAGCCCCUCCAACGGGCACUACUCGGAGCCGGAGAGCGGCGGCGGUGACAGUGGCGACGAGCACGAUGUAGGAAUGAGGGUCGGAGCGGAAUACCAGGCGCGCAUUCCUGACUUCGAGCCCGGUGCCACAAAAUACACCGAUAAAGAUAAUGGAGGAAUGCUUGUUUGGUCUCCAUAUCAUAGUAUUCCAGAUGCCAAGUUGGAUGAAUAUAUAGCAAUAGCAAAGGAAAAACAUGGAUACAAUGUGGAACAGGCUCUUGGCAUGCUGUUCUGGCAUAAACACAACAUUGAGAAGUCCCUUGCGGAUCUCCCUAACUUUACUCCUUUCCCUGAUGAAUGGACAGUUGAAGAUAAAGUCCUAUUUGAACAAGCAUUUAGCUUCCAUGGAAAGAGCUUUCACAGGAUCCAGCAAAUGCUUCCAGACAAGACUAUUGCAAGCCUUGUAAAAUACUACUAUUCUUGGAAAAAAACUCGCUCUAGGACAAGUUUGAUGGAUCGGCAGGCUCGAAAACUAGCUAAUAGAAAUAAUCAAGGUGACAGUGAUGAUGAUGUAGAAGAAGCUCAUCCAAUGGAUGGAAACGAUAGUGAUUAUGAUCCCAAAAAAGAAGCCAAAAAGGAGGGCAAUAAUGAGCAGCCUGUUCAGACCAGCAAAAUAGGUCUGGGUAGAAGAGAGUAUCAGAGCUUGCAGCAUCGCCACCAUUCCCAGCGUUCCAAAUGCCGUCCACCCAAAGGCAUGUACCUGACCCAGGAAGAUGUGAUAGCUGUUUCCUGUAGUCCCAAUGCAGCCAACACAAUUCUUAGACAGCUGGAUAUGGAACUAAUCUCAUUAAAGCGACAGGUUCAAAAUGCUAAGCAAGUAAACAGUGCACUUAAACAGAAAAUGGAAGGCGGGAUUGAAGAAUUCAAACCUCCUGAGUCUAAUCAGAAAAUCAAUGCCCGUUGGACCACAGAAGAGCAGCUUCUUGCAGUACAAGGUGUCCGAAAAUAUGGUAAAGAUUUUCAAGCUAUUGCAGAUGUAAUUGGCAACAAGACUGUUGGCCAAGUGAAGAACUUCUUUGUAAACUACAGGCGUCGGUUUAACUUAGAGGAGGUAUUGCAGGAAUGGGAAGCGGAACAAGGAACCCUGGCUUCUAAUGGUGAUGCUUCUGCUUUAGGGGAGGACACAAAAAAUACUUCUAAUGUGCCAUCAGGAAAGAGCACUGAUGAAGAAGAUGAGGCACAAAGCACUCCGGCCGCUCAGUGUUUAGGCCCUUCACCUCCAGCACAGCAGGCAUCUGCUCCAGCACCUACUGCUCCCAUGGCAACUUUAAAUCAGCCACCCCCGUUACUUCGUCCGGCGCUUCCUGCUGCUCCUGCUCUCCAUCGGCAGCCCCCGCCUCUCCAGCAGCAGGCACGAUUUAUUCAGCCAAGGCCGACUCUCAAUCAGCCUCCUCCCCCCCUCAUCCGCCCAGCUAAUUCCAUGCCUCCUCGCCUAAACCCCAGGCCGGUGCUCACCGCAGUCAGCGGCCAGCAGCCACCCUCGCUUAUUGGAAUUCAGACUGAGCCACAGUCCACUCUGCAUUGAAGAAAAGAAGCAGAAUUAUGCUAACUCCUACACUUGAAAAAUCCUAUCAAUGUACUUUUUUUCUUUUUUUUUCUUUUUUUUUUUUUUUUCCAAAUAAUGAAGGGGAGAAAAGAGCAAGCCUUCACAGGUACCAGACCAGUUUUACAGAGGAGCAAGCUAAUAACAAGAAACAGAACCAUGUGAAUGACCACCUAUAUAAAAAUAUUUUUAUGUCAAAGACUUGUACAGCAGAACAAUGCCUACAAUACAGCCCUCCUCUAUAUUAAUAAACUGUUGAAGGAAGCUAACUUCUUAAAUGAAUAAAUGUUCAACACACCAAGAUUUUGUUUAACUGAUUUUUACUCUUAUUUAUUUUAUUACAGUUCUUUGUAGUCAAGCAUCUUAACUACAGGAAAGUAGUCUGGCAAAUCUAGGAAUAGAUAAUAUUGUAGGAGACCUAAAUGUAGUGUUGGGGUUUUUUUGUGUGUGUGUGUGUAUUUUAUUUUUUUUUUAACAUUUUGAUGUAAAAAAAAAAAAAAAAAUGGCCUUAGGUUCAGAAUUUUUGGCGCUGUCUAGAUAACAGUAGAAACAUUUCAUGCACUUGUAAACUGUAGCUGUUUCUUCUCUUCGUGUUUUUCCCAGAACAUUUUUUCAUGUUUAAGAAAGGUACUGUCAUAUUAAAUACUCCUCUGAAAGAGUAUUCUGAAAAAUUCAACAACAUAUUGUACCAAGCUUAUUAAAUCUCAUGUGUGUUCUACUCACAGAAGUUACCUGCUGCAAUAUCUCCUGCAGGCUGGGUUCAGGAGAGAGGCAGCAAUUUCCACCACCCAGGGGGAAGACAGGAGAGGAAUCGUAUAGCAAAAACCAUUAAUUUAAUUUGUUAUUUCACUAAUUCUUGUGAUUUAAGUACAGUAGAUUUUCAUGUCUCUUGAGAAUUGCUGUCUUGCAGUCUGUAUGUGUUAGAUCACUGAUACCUUGCUUGAGAAUCCAUGAGGCAGGUAUAGAGGCUGAUGGUGGCAGUGGCACCUUGCUGCAGUAGAGUUACCUGCCACCAACCCUAUCUUACUGUUUAAUUAUUAUCUCUGAUUUCUGCUAUAUCUGACUGAGUUAGUAAGCUGGGUUGAGGCUAUUGUGGGGUUUUUGUUUUGUUUUACAGAGUAAAAUCUGCAUUUGGGUGUUAAUUAUUACUUCUAAAGUUUAGGAGAGUUAAAUAUUUUUCUUUCCACUGCAUUCUUCUGAAACUUUGAUUUAUGCCCAUCAGUGUUUUUGGGUCUGGGUGUUUUUAGUUUUGAUGGGGUUUGGGAUUUUUUUUGCUUAAAGAAAAAAAAAAAGUCUCUACCCUCCAAAUAAAUCAGGCUGCAAAGUUGAGUAGCAGUGUGAGUGAAGCCAUUGGAAAACAUUGCACUCUUGACUUUGUAAUAACAUUCAUGUUGACAGCUAUACUCUUUUAGAAAACUAUUUUUGCUUGUAGCUGAAAUGAUGUUUGAAAAUCCUUUUAAAGCUGUUUUGUUACUAACUAGAUUUGUCCUUGACUAAAAUGAGACUUUAUUUGAAAAUUAAAUGUGCUCUCCCUGGGGUUUUUCAUAGAUAAAUUGGGCAGUCUAAUGAUCAGUUUAGCAGCUGAUGAAAGACUUCUGUGUGCAAAGGGAAGUUCUUACAGCAUCAGAUGAUCCUAUUUUAUUCGUAAAUCCAGUAUUAAAGCUUGAUAGUUGUGGCCUGACUUUCAGCUAAAGGUGUUGGCCAUUAUGGUUUAGAUCUUCAUAUAAAAUGUUUUCAGACCAAGCAUAAGAGAUUUUCUUUCCUGAACAGCUUUCACUAGUGUUCUGAGGUCUCAUGCAAAAGGUCCUGAUGCUCCAAAAAGCACUAGAUGAACUCUUAUCUGAGAAAAGCUGCAUUGUAAAUCAAGCACAGAGGAAUUAGUGGUCACUGAAACUUGUGUUCUGGGAGUUAUUUGAGUGUCCCCUCACCAGCUACACACAGAGAUCUGGCUGCUCUCCAGUCUUUAAAACUGAUGAGAAACCAAUCUAGAUUAUUUUGACAUCCUAAGUAUCUCAGUUUAAUUGACAGCUGAGUCCUCAGCUGAUAAGUGAGCUGAUAUGAGUCCUCAGUGAUAAGAUUUCAUCUUCAAGAUUUAUUUUUACUUUUCCUUUUUGUUUUUCUUUUUUUUUUAGCAUUGUGUCUCCCAGGUGUGUGUAUUGUACCUUUGCUAAUUUUUUGUCUUGUCUCUUGUCAAUAGAUUUCAGUAUUCAGAAUGUUGGGUGUUGCAGUAGAGUUGGCCACUACCAACUGCUAUAAAACUGUUCAGUACAUUGUAAUUCCGUUUAAUCUUGUUUAAAUAUUCUAUAACUAGGCAAAGGUGCUGUAUUUGAAGGGGGGGAGGGAGUGUCAGAGAUAGGUAGUAUUUCUUAAUUUACAUACACUGUAGCACACAGUAGGGAACUCCUAGCAUUUGUAGUACUAAAUAAGUAUGUACAUAGCAAAAUGUCUUUAUUGUGUGCUUUGCAGAAUAUGUGCAUACAGUUUGCACGUCCUGUUUUGGGGGGUAGGGUUUGUUUUAAGCAGUGUUUGCCUGGAGAGUGAUAUGCUUGCUGCUUAAUCAAAGGAUUAAAGUUUCAAAGAAAUCUGUGUCUUCUAUUUUUAUGUACCUUGUAAUGGUCUAAUAUGUUAGGGCCCUUAUACUGUGAUUCUCUUCUAAAUUCAUUUAUAUUUUUUUAAGAAUUAGAAAUAAAACUAUACAAUGGUGUUGAUUUCAGUGGGGAAUUUCUUUUGCCAUAUCUAGUCUCCUGUUUUGUAAUGUAGUUAUGAACUCUGACUUCAAGGUUGGCUUAAUUUUGUCACUUUAAAGAAAUGUAAAAUGUUUGCACACUAAAGUUUGGCAGAGAACGUGUAUCCUACAUUGUUCAAAGCUAAUGUAACUCUACAGCUUUUUGUACAGUUUAUUUUAGUUAAUAAAGCAAAACGGUACUAAAAAAAAUGACAGACUUUACAAAUACAAGGCAUAAUCUGAACAAUGUGUCUUCUUAGGAACAACACUUGCAAGUUAUGGAUGUAAGAGAACUAUCAGAUUUAAUUGUUGCACUUUAAAUCAGAAUGGGUAUGAAGUUAUCAGGUAUUUCUGCAUUAAUAAAACAAUCACUAAACAUUGCA